UUUGUUUACUUUUUAUUGUGUUAGAAUUUUCAAACUGAAUAGAUUUGUAAUUUCAUAUAUUUUUAUAAUUUUUUUUUGCAGGAAAUUUGUUAAAAUAAUUUUUUUACUAAUUUUAACGGUAUUUCGGAUUAUUUACACGAAGCAAAUGUAUCGAAAGAUUUGGCAUAAACCUCUACAUCAACGAAAAAUUAAACAGUGGAAGCAGAUGUCCUUCUUCAGCAAAAUUAUAUACUAUCAACAACCUUUCAUUGAUCAUUUGGUAAGCACUUGGCUGGAACCGUUACCCUUUCCGACAAUACUCAAAGUGAUGGUGACCUGCAUUUUGACAAUAUUCAUACUGCUACCGAUCAUAUAUCCAGCUGUCAUAUUUAUUUGGUCCUACGCUGAGGUGCAGUACAUCGUUGAAAACCACUACGACAUAGCCUUCCCGGAUAAACUCAAUGUGCUCAGCUAUCUGCAGCGUCUCUACUCCUUUCGCAUUGUCAACGAGAAAUACAAUCUCUUUCUGGUGCUGUAUUUGGAGCGCUGGCGCAUAGUAGGCACGGCGAUUGCCUCAACAAUCGACUAUAUACGCUUGGCGCUGUGUCUGCUCUUCACAACGUAAAAAAUAUAUAUAUAUUUUUAUAUAUGAAUGACUACAGAAAAUUAAAAAUUAAUUAAAGCAAAUGUUAAAAAAAAUGCGUAGUAAAUAAUUUCGAAAAUUCCAAACGUCGAAAGUUCGCACAUU